CAGAAGGCUGUGGCUUUUUAAAAUUUCGAAAACGGUGCCACCAAAAACCGCAACAUGACAGUUUCCUAUGCCGGUGAAGUGCCAAAUGGCAGCAGUUUUGGCUGCUUUUGGAAAAUUUUAUGGAAAUGGCGUGGCAGUGUCUACAAAUUAGUUUGGCGUGAAUUAAUCGCAUAUUUAUGUUUAUAUUAUACAAUAAAUUUUUUAUAUAGAUUUGUUUUUACCGAAUAUCAACAAAAAAUAUUUCAUAAGAUUCGUGUAUAUUUUGGACAACAGGGUGAAAGUAUACCCAUGUCCUUUGUUUUGGGUUUCUACGUUAGUCUGGUGGUGAAAAGAUGGUGGGAACAGUACAGACUCUUGCCAUGGCCAGAUACGCUGGCAUUAUUUAUAAGUGCAGCCAUACCAAAUUCGAAUGGAGGCGUAAAUAACGAAACAGGUCGUUUAAUGCGCCGCAAUAUUAUGCGUUACAUGGUACUGGCCUAUGUCAUUACACUGCAACGCAUUUCGUUGAGAGUCAAACGUCGUUUCCCCACCACCCAACAUCUCGUGGAUGCUGGUCUCAUGCACGAGUCUGAAAUGAAAAUUUUCGAAUCGCUAAAUCAAAAGAGCCCCAUGUCCAAAUAUUGGAUGCCCCUGGUCUGGGCAACAAAUAUUAUAAAUCGAGCCCGCAAAGAGAACCUCAUCAGUUCCGAUCACAUUGUACAAACUAUACUAGUGGAACUAUCCGAUAUACGUCGAAGAUUGGGUGGUUUAAUUGGCUACGAUACGGUUUGUGUGCCAUUGGUCUAUACGCAGGUGGUAACCUUAGUAUUGUACACUUAUUUCAUUGCCGCCUUAGUGGGUCGUCAAAUGUUGCCCGAUCACACCGGCCAAGAAGAUAAAGAUUUGUAUUUCCCCCUCUUCACUGCAUUACAGUUUGUUUUCUAUGUCGGCUGGUUAAAAGUUGCUGAGGUGCUCAUCAAUCCGUUCGGCGAAGAUGACGAUGAUAUUGAACUCAACUGGUUAAUUGACAGACACAUUAAGGCUGCCUAUAUGAUUGUUGAUGAAAUGCACGAAGAACAUCCUGAAUUACUUCGAGAUCAGUAUUGGGAAUGUGUGGUGCCAAAAGACUUGCCCUAUACCGUGGCUUCGGAACAUUAUCGCAAGGAUGAACCAAAGGGCUCCGCCGAAAAUUACAAAGUCAAGAAAGAGGAUGCCAUGUAUGCCAACAUUGUACCCGGUGGUGGUAAACGCAUUGCCGACGAUGUUUAUGCUGACUAUGAAAGCGUUGAUACUCCCAUGGCUGAAAGACGGAAAAAUAAUUGGCUUGUCCGCCAAUUGUCACGCAUGGGUUCUAUGCGUAGCCAAUCGACAGCCUAUUCAUCGGGUGGCAUGGCAUUCAAUCGUAAUCGCUUGAAUUCGGUAUACUCAAGUCCAGAAUCUGGCCUACCCAUGACCAUAGUACAGCAGCAACAACAGCAGCAAUUGCAACAGCAACAACAACUGCAGCCGAAGCCUAGCCUUUAUGAUAAAUUUGUACAUCGAAAAUCAUUGCGAGCCCAAAGGCAGCUAAUAAAGCAAAAUUCUCGUCUAAAUGGUUUGAAUGUCAACACUUCAAAAUCCCGUCCUCGUAUACCUACUCCCGAUGUUACCAAGGAACCACCUAACAUUGACAAAGAUGUGAAUGCCACCACAAACAGUGCAAACACGGCUGUUCUUAUGACACCACAAUUGAGUACACAAACCACAAUGUAUCCUUAUGCAAGCACCACGAAUAACAAUCUAGAUGGUCAGGUUUUGGGCACCCUCCUGCUAUCACCCAUCAAGGAAAUGGAUAGUUCAUCGUCGAAUAAUACUUUAAUUCCAGGACAUCCCCAGACGGCGGCAUUGGCCCAGGCAGUAUUACCAAGCAAUUUGGCUUCAACAAUGCCGGUUACAACGAACAUUACAACUCUCUCGUUUCCCUUUACCGUCACCACAAGUGCCACAGAUACAACGGGUACUCUAAGCAUUUUGCCAAUUACAUCCACACAAAUUCCAACAAUUACGACCACUGCGUCGGCUUUUGAUUCGAAUGAAGUUAUUACCACAAUUCCGGUAUCCCUUUCCAUACAACGUUCACCAUCCGCUGUGUCCAUAACUGAAUUAAAUUUCAAUGAUAAACUCGAAAAUAAUGGUGGCACCGCUCUGCUAUCCCUAAAACCGCUAAACAACGGCGGCACCAACAUUUCCCGUAACAAUAGCUUCAAUGCCAAUCUUAAUCUUAAUAUCAGUGACUCAUAUCUAUUGGAACGCCGAAACUCGGUGCGAUCUGAAGGUGCUCCUGAUGUCAAGGACAUAACAGAUAGUGCCACGGCAACACACACAGUCAACAGUGCCAACACCAGCACUAUAACCGCGGCUAAGGAAAAAAUAUCCUCGAUUGCAACAUCAGCGCCAUCGACAUUAGCCAAACGUCCGCCGGAACAGAAGACCGGCGAAGUAUAUGUAUAAAUGUAUUACAAAGCAUAAUGGAU